UCACUAUGACAUCUGAUAUCUCUUUUUCUUCACCAGGAUGGACCAUGGAGACCGAGGGAUGGGGGUCUCUCACCUACGCUACGAGGAUGAGGAGGACCAUCAGUCUAUCUACAUUGGAGUCCCAGUACCUCGAGGAUAUCGGCGUAAACGCAGGCGAAGGCGCUCCAGUCGAGAGGCUGCUGACAUGGACAGGGACAGACGCUACAGCCACCAAAGACACCAUGAGCACGACCACUACAGAGACAUAGACAUUGAGGAAGGACUCAUGGAUUCAGCUGAGCAGAGUCUCCAAGACAUCAGCCACACAAUGUCUCCAGCGGCAGAGCGGCUACGUUACAUCCUGAGUGAAGAUGAUGACAUGCACACUCCGACGCUCUUCACUGAGAUGGACACUUUACAGCGAGAAGGAGACGAGCUGGAGUGGAAAGAGUCCGCCAGGUGGGUGAAGUUCGAGGAGAAGGUGGAGGAGGGAGGAGAGAGGUGGAGUAAACCCCACGUGUCCACGCUGUCCCUUCACAGUCUGUUCGAGCUCAGAACGUGUCUCCAGACGGGGACGGUGCUGCUGGAUCUGGAAGGCUACUCACUGCCACAAAUAGUUGAUGACAUAAUUGAGAGACAGAUAGAGGAAGGCAUGAUAUCUCCUGACCUGCGAGAGAAGAUCAGCUUUGUCCUGUUAAGAAGACAUCGACACCAGACCAAGAAACCAAUCCACCGCUCAUUAGCUGACAUUGGCAAGUCCAGCUCCUCUACCAAUCGUAAUGCAGGGACUCGAGGUGGACUGGGUCCAGGACCAGGGCCAGGUAUGGGGUCGGUGACCAACUUUAACCGAUCCACAGAGGACCUCCAAAUGAAACAGCAGCCGACAAACUAUGGCCGUCUGCGUCAUGCUCAGAGUAGGAGUAUGAAUGAUAUUGCAGAUACUCCCAGCUCCGACCAGCUGAAAAACAAAUUCAUGAAGAAGAUCCCCAGAGAUGCAGAGGCAUCCAACGUCUUAGUCGGUGAAGUAGAUUUCCUCAACAAACCUUUUGUGGCUUUUGUCCGCCUGGCCCAAGCUACAACACUAGGAGGUCUGACAGAGGUUCCUGUCCCCACCAGAUUCCUGUUCAUUCUCUUGGGACCCCAAGGAAAGGCCAAAUCAUACAAUGAGAUUGGCCGAGCCAUAGCGACCCUAAUGGUGGAUGAUCUGUUCAGUGAUGUAGCCUACAAGGCCAGAGAUCGAGAGGACCUCAUCGCAGGUAUAGAUGAGUUUUUAGAUGAAGUGAUUGUGCUUCCACCUGGAGAAUGGGAUCCCAAAAUCCGCAUUGAGCCACCCAAGAAAGUCACCUCAGCUGACAAAAGGAAGUCGGUGUUUUCCUUAAAUGAGCUGGGACAGAUGAACGGUACAGCUGGAGGAGCAGGAGGAAUGGCUGAGGAUGAAGAGAUGCCUGCUCAACAUGAGCUCGGAGAAGAGCUGGCAUUCACUGGACGCUUCUGUGGUGGCCUGUACCUGGACAUAAAGCGGAAAUUGCCGUGGAUACCAAGUGAUUUCUACGAGGGCUUUCACAUUCAGUCCAUCUCUGCUGUGCUCUUCAUUUACUUGGGUUGCAUCACCAACGCCAUCACUUUCGGUGGUCUCCUGGGAGACGCUACUGACAACUACCAGGGUGUCAUGGAGAGCUUCCUGGGUACAGCCUUGGCAGGUUCUGUCUUCUGCCUCUUCAGCGGGCAGCCCCUCAUCAUUCUCAGCUCCACUGGACCCAUCCUCAUCUUUGAGAAGCUCCUUUUUGAAUUCAGCAAGAACAACAGCAUAGAUUACAUGGAGCUGCGUCUGUGGAUCGGCAUCCAUUCCUGCCUGCAGUGCUUCAUUCUUGUAGCUACAGAUGCCAGUUACAUUAUCAAAUACAUGACGCGCUUCACAGAAGAGGGCUUCUCCAGUCUCAUCUCCUUCAUUUUCAUCUCUGAUGCCAUCAAGAAAAUGGUGGGCUCCUUCAAAUAUUAUCCCAUCAACACCGACUUCAAGCCCGACUACGUGACCACCUACAAGUGCGAGUGCCUGGCUCCAGACCCGAUGGCUGCAAUGAUCUUCAAUGGGUUAGUUCCUAUGCCAGAUAACAGCUCUACUGUCUCUGGGUUGAAUGUGACAGCUCUGGACUGGAGUCAGCUAAGCAAGAAGGAAUGUUUGAAGUACGGAGGCUCUCUGGUGGGAAAGUCCUGCAAGUUUGUCCCAGAUCUGGCCCUCAUGUCCUUCAUCCUCUUCUUCGGCACCUACUCCAUGACCGUCUCCCUCAAGAAGUUCAAGUUCAGCCGCUACUUCCCCACCAAGCUGAGGAAACUCAUCAGUGACUUCUCUAUCUUCAUGUCCAUCAUGACGUUUGUUGGACUUGAUAUGUUGAUGGGACUCAAGACCCCAAAGCUGAUUGUCCCAACAGAAUUUAAGCCAACUCGACCGGAUCGUGGCUGGCUGGUGAUGCCUUUCGGUAAAAACCCAUGGUGGAUAUAUCUGGCCAGCUUUGUUCCUGCUCUCCUCGUCACUAUCCUCAUCUUCAUGGACCAGCAGAUCAGCGCAGUCAUUGUUAACCGCAAGGAGAACAAACUUAAGAAAGGCUGUGGCUACCACCUGGAUUUGUUUUGGGUGGGUGUCCUGAUGGCCGCCUGUUCCUUCAUGGGCCUACCCUGGUAUGUGGCUGCCACCGUCAUCUCCAUUGCCCACAUCGACUCUCUGAAGAUGGAGAGCGAGUCCAGCGCUCCAGGAGAGCAGCCACAGUUCCUCGGGGUCAGAGAACAAAGGGUGACAGGCAUUUUGGUGUUUGCUCUUACCGGAGUCUCCAUCUUCCUUGCUCCAGUACUUAAGUUUAUCCCCAUGCCUGUGCUGUACGGUGUCUUCCUCUACAUGGGCGUAGCUUCCCUCAGUGGAAUUCAGUUCUGGGACAGGAUUAAAUUGUACAUGAUGCCGUCCAAGCAUCAACCGGACUACUCUUACCUCCGUCAUGUUCCUCUGAGGAGGGUACACCUGUUCACGCUGAUCCAGAUUAUGUGUCUGGCUGUGCUCUGGAUCCUCAAAUCCACCUUCCUGGCCAUCAUAUUCCCUGUUAUGAUCCUGGGUCUGAUGGUGGUCAGGAAGAUGCUGGACAUGGUCUUCUCCCGACACGACUUGGCCUGGCUGGACGACCUCCUACCUGAGAAAGAGAAGAAGAAGAAGGAUGAUGACAAAAAGAAGGGGAAGGGGAAGGAGAAGGAGAAGGAAAAAAAGAAGUCCAAAGCAGACGACAGUGAGGAGGAGGACAAGUACCACGCCUACUCCAACCACUCACCCAGCUCAGAGUCAGAUUUGGAUCGCAGCAUCACCCUCCACUUGAAGAUCUCCUGCCCAUCAUCUCCAGCCAUCCCUAUGGGCCGAGGAAUAGCCUGCCCCGUACCCCAGGUCAAGAUCGAGAUGGAGUCGGAUUAUGACUCUGACAUCGACCACCACCGUCCCCGGGACAUGAGCAGUGAGACCACGUUGUGAAGCUGAGACACAAAAGCUUGUUGACAGAACAACACACAACACAGUGUGGGCGGACUACUAAGUGCAACCAGUGCUGACCCACCUACAGUAUGAGGUCGUACAAACUGACAGCUGUGAGCAAACUGAGUAGACGCCUGAACAGACUGGGAUGGGACUGAUGCAAUCACUGCAUUUGGAAAAGCAUUUGCUUUUUAACAUGUGAACAAAUAAUCUAUUGAAAACUAAAUUUAUUUAUUUUCUUGUAUGAUGUAAAGAAAAAAUAUUUAUCUGUAUAUGGCAAUAUAUUUGUUGUGAAAACUGUAUCUUUAUUACCACUAGCUAUAUAUCUGUAUUGUACUAUCAUUGUAAUUACACUAAAUAGAACUUGUACAUUCAUUUCACAUACGCCUGUGUGUACAGUUUGAUUUUGAGGCAGGAAACCUGAAAGCAAGCACUAUUUUAGGAAACUCAACUAUUUACCAAAAGCUUUUAAAGUCUGCUGUACAAAGCCAUGCCUUUUGUUAUACAUUAUGUGCAUUGACGCUUGUAUUUGUAUUUUGGUGCAUCUGAUCCCACAGACCAGCUCUCCUUUCCUCUGUUUCUCCCAGUCUGUUUCUUUUGUGCCAAUAUGGAGAUAUUGGCACAAAAGCAGGAACAAAAAGAAACAACCAAAAGGCCCUGAUGUUUUAAUGUCUCUAAAAAGCAUCCAUGUAGUUUGCAGGAUGUAGCUGACAGGCUCAUAUUGUGUUUCUACCUCCAAAGACUCUGUACAAGAACAUGAUUAACCACAGCGCUACGUAUACUACAAUAACGAGAAUUGCACACAGAAAGGAUAUUCAUGAACUAGCAGAAUUCAUGUCAUUAAACUUCCAUUAUUCCAAACUA